AUGUCAAAAUCUUGUGCUGUUAUUGUUGGUGAUAUUGGUGGCACUAAUGCACGAUUACAAUUAUUAUGGUAUAGUCAUAAUCAGACAUUAUUAACGCCAUCGAUCACAUUUAUAACUCGACAAACUUAUCGAACAAGUACAUUUACAGGUCAUCAUGUUAUAUUACAACGUUUUAUAAAUGAUAUUCAAAAUGAAGAAAAACAAGAAGAUGUGCUUGAUGCUAUAAAAAAUAAAAAUAUUCGAGUGGUUUUAGCUGUAUGUGGUCCUAUUUGGAAUAAUCGUCGAAGUAAUGAUGCAAAUAAUGUUCGUAUGGAACCCGAUGGUGCUAGAUGGCCAACACAACAUGCAGAUACUAUUGAAAAUGAUUUACAACUCAAAUCAAAUUCGGUGAUAUUUUUAAAUGAUUUUGAAGCUAUUGGUUAUUGUCUUGCUGCACAAGUCGAUUCUCAAGCACAUGAAUUAUGUCAAUCAACAAAAACAUUUGUACUUCAUAAAGUUCUUACUGAAGAUGGUACAGACACAAAAUCACCAGUAGCUUGUCUUGGAGCAGGUACAGGUCUUGGUGCAUGUUUUCUUACACCUGAUAAUUUCGGUCGAUAUCAAGUUUAUUCAUCGGAAGCAGGUAUGGUUGAUACAUUUAGUCCUCAAACUGAAGAAGAAUGGUUUUUAUUAAAAUAUUUACGUCGUAAUCAAUCAUUUAUUGAAAUUGAACAAAUUGUAUCUGGUCCAGGAUUUGUUGCAAUGUUACAAUUUUAUUCCGAAUAUUUAAAUCAACCAUUAACAAUACAACUUGCAAAUGAUCUUCAACAAGUUUCACAAGAUGAGGCACCUGCAGUUAUAUCUCAACAUGCUUGUGAUUAUAAUGAUGCAUUAUGUCUUCGAGUUGUUGAUACAUUUCUUGAUGUUUUUGGUCGAGUACUGGGUACAGCAGCACAAACAUUUUUAUCUUAUCGUGGAUUAUAUAUAACUGGUGGUAUUUUACCUAAAUUAGCUUGGCGAUGGAAAAAUAAUCCAAAUAAUCUUUUACUUAAAUCUUAUUUAGAUCAAGGAACAAAAAUGAGUGAAGUAGUUGCACGUGUUCCACUUACUUUAAUUGAUGAUGAUGAUCUCGGUCUAAAAGGAUGUCUUUAUUAUAUGACUGUUCAUAAUGAUUAA